UCUUAUUGCUGUUGGCUUUCAUUUCUUUCUUGUUGGAUUUGUUUCUAAAAUUGGUGCCAACUUUAAUGGUAAUUUUUAUAUUAAGAGAAUAAUCUCUCUCCAGUUCAAUUUAGCAAGAAAAAAACGUAUAUCUUUUUUUGUUCUUUUUUUUUGUUCUUUAGAUUGGCACCUAAUUAAAGAUCAAAAAGACAAAUUUCUGUCCACAAAGAAGCUGCAUAAUUGUAUUGAGCAGAGAGUAUAGUCUCAGUCAGUUUCGGCUUUUGGUUGUGUUGUGGAGUGAUAGUGGUUAAAAUUUUAAAUGAAAACAGCAAACAAAAUAAUAAAAAAAAAACAACAAGAAAAAUUUAAAUAAUUGAAAAAAAAAAUAUUAAUGAAAAUGGUAAAAACAAAAAAAAGUUAAAUUCAAAAUAAUUAUUGUGCUACAGAGAACCUAAAAAGACAGUAUCAGUAACUCUCUCUCUCUUAAAAAAAAAAUAAAUCAUCAUCACCUAUCUACAUACAUGCUGCUGUACAUUACGAAAGAUCUUUCGUCGUGGGAGCCCAAGUUUAAUCAACAACAAAUGGAAGAACAACAACAGCAAUUGCAAGGACAACAACUAGAACAAGCUCAACAACUUAAUCAACAACAACCACCACAACCAUAUCCUCCAAAUAAUGAGUUCGAAUUUAAUAUGACGGCCAAAAACGUCAUCGAGCAGUUCCGGAGCAUUUAAACAUGCCGUUGAGUCAAACCUUGCUCACUGCGGAAACAAUGAGACUUUGGGUCAAUUCUGUAUCAGGAUUGUGGCGAACGAAAAAAUCCUCGGAAAUGUUGGUAGAAGGGUGAGAGAUCUACCAAACAAUACUUCCUUGGAGGAUAUUAAAAUAACGAUUCGG